UAGUAUAAUUGUGGACAGGGAAAAUUUACACCGGGAGGGAGUUGCGGAAUAACACUUUGCGAUGUUCUUCGCUAAUUACAAACGUUCCGACUAUCGAACGGAGGGACGUGUACGCAACAAUAUUGCGCAACGCUAUCCCAUCGCGAAUCCUCGCGACCAGUUAUCCGGAGGAACGGCCAUCUUGGUUUCGCGUCAAACCAGCGUCGUAACGAAAGAACAAUCCGCGUCCUUCGGGGCAAUAAAAAUCGGUAAAAAAAAAAGAAGUAUGCGAUUGAGUACAAAAUUUAGGAUACACGGAAUUCCACCGAAGAAGGAAAGGAAAAGAAGGCAGAAAUCUGGUAAGGAGUUUCUCCGCAUCCGAAGUGACUGACCCAGUUUCGCAGGUUACGGCCCAGCUGCUAAUGACUGGGAACAAAAAGGCACAAGACCCCCGAAGAGGUCAGAUUCCGGGCCCCGGUUGCGUAAGCGUCGCACACGUAAACCAGGAUAUAUGUCGAUGGAAUUAUAGGCAGAAGGUAAAAAAUAAGAAAUAUCGAAAGGACCCUUAACCAAAGCUGGGGGCAACUUGAUAAAUAUUUCUGCAUCCAACGAAGCGAGAAGAACGCGGCAAGAUAGUACCAUUUUAUCCCUACCUUGUAAAAAGAAGCGAAUUAUAACCACAGAUAUACCCGAUGGCUGAUAAAGUUUAAUCGUUUCUACGAUAUAAAAGUACGGCCCAAUUACCGUUCAAAUUGUCGAAUUAUCGGGCACGUUCAAUGUAACCCCCGAUUAUUCCAAACGACUGAGAAAAGUCGUUCAACACCGGGACAUGGUAAGUGGAUUAACGAAGGUUUUAACGCAUAUACACCGUGUACCAUCUGCCAUUACGUACGACCCCGAGCUCAUUAAAUUAAUUCCUAUUCAACUCCCAGUAGGCAUGCACGCAAUUAUUGGGGAAUAUCUGACGGAAGCAGAAGUAACGUUAUCCGAAUUUAAAAUUCCGAGGUGCAGCGCGCUUCCAAGGUCGCGACGGAGAGCCGUUCAGAAUGGACAAUUACUAGCGAGUAUAUUUUUUAUUUCCCCUCGUGUCAUAUUUCUUUUCCCCUUAAAAAU